AUGAACGGUAGCCAGACCACUCUAGCAAUCCCUCCCUCGGAAGCCGACCCUGCCGCCAACUCCCUGCUGACGGACAAACCUCUGCCGUCACCUUUGCCUUCUUUGCGGGGGAAGGGCUCUUCCCGUCUGCCACAGACCAUAUCACAUCGUGGUUACAAAAGCAAAUUCCCCGAAAAUACACUCGCCGCAGUCAAGGGCGCCAUCGAAUCAAAGACAGAUGCCCUGGAGAUCGAUCUGCAUUUGACGAAAGACGGAGAGAUUGUUCUCUCGCAUGAUCCAACCCUGCAGCGAUGCUUCGGCAUCAAGAAAAAGAUUGGCGACUGCGACUGGGCAUAUCUCAAGACCCUACGCACUCUACAGCCGCCACAUGAGCCCAUGCCUCGAUUAGCGGAAAUUCUAGAAUACAUUAAUCAAUCAGGUAGGGAGCACAUCUGGGUAUUGCUGGACAUCAAAGUCAGUGUAACAAAGGGACUCCAACCCCCGCGAAUCGCAUCGGUUUUACUCACACUUUGUCAGCUCACCAACGAUCCGGAUUUGGUCAUGCGUCGCAUUGCUCAAACCAUCUCAUCCAUUUCACCAGUCUCUUCUCCCUUUUCAUCUCCCCGUCCCUGGCAAGACCGCGUCGUCCUCGGCUUUUGGUCAGGCGACUACAUCCCCCUUCGCAACAGAUACCUCCCUCAAUUCCCCAUGGCUCUAAUCUGCUUUGAUUUCAAAUAUGCCCGACAAUUUCUCCACGUCGAGGAUCUGGCCUACAACGUGAAUCAGCGCAUCCUCAUGAGUCCACUGGGAAAGGGCUUCCUCGAGGACGUCCGCGCCGCACGGCGCCAAAUCUACCUUUGGACUGUCAACGCGCCGAAUCUCAUGCGUUGGGCGAUUCGCCAAGGCGUGGACGGAGUGAUUACGGACGAUCCAGCUUUGUAUAUCAAAGUCCGCGAGGCGUGGGAGAGAGAGCGCAAGGACGGAGUUGUUGUUUUCCCGGAGCUGCAAACAGACCGUCUGACUUUUGGGCAAAGAGUGGAGAUCCUACUGUUUGUGAUGCUGGCGGUGACGUUUGGUUGGGUCCUGAAACACAGAAUUUCGAAGAGGAUGAAGGGUCUUCAUCUCGGUGAGCAGAAGGCGUCCUGA